GACCAACUCGACAGUCUCGAUAUCAAAAGUUUUGAGGAGCUUUUCAGUGGCGCAGCACUUGUCUCCAUCAUUCUAUCCAAGGUGUCAAGGUUGCAUUUUUGCAGAGAGGCCUGCAGUAAGUUGCAGUUCAGCUCCAUCUUUUGUAAUAUCUUUGGCGAGGAACAAGGCACGAUGGCUGCUUCCGCAGCGAUGACUCGGGCAGGGGCUUUGGCGGGUCUGGCAGCAGGCAAUGUGGCGCCGUCGAAGGGGGCAAGCAGCGUAGUGAUGCCCACACAGCCGUUCUGCGGCGCUCCGGUCAGAGGCUUCCUCCAGGGGCGGAACCAGCUUGCCCUGAAGCAGACAGCAAAAUCUACGCGGCAGAAUAGGAAGGCGGGGGUUGCAAGGGCUGAGGCCAGGGACAUUUUGUUCGACACAGCGUCAAGGGCUGCUAUGCAAGCAGGCAUUGACAAGCUCACAGAUGUAGUUGCUGUUACCCUGGGCCCACGAGGACGGAACGUUGUGCUGGAGGAUUUUGGGGCCCCGAAGGUCAUCAACGACGGUGUGACAAUUGCGCGGGCCAUUGAGCUCCCCGAUGCGAUGGAGAACGCAGGAGCAGCGCUGAUCAGGGAGGUUGCCAGCAAAACCAACGAUUCUGCGGGCGAUGGCACAACCACUGCUAGCGUGCUGGCGCGUGAGAUGAUCCGGUUGGGCCUGCGGAAUGUCACGUCGGGUGGGAACCCUGUGGCCAUCAACAAGGGUAUUCAGAAGACGGUGGCGGGACUUGUGGAGGAGCUCGAGAACAAGGCGCGGCCGGUCAAGGGGCGCGCCGACAUCAAGGCUGUCGCGUCCAUCUCUGCUGGCAACGACGACUUCGUCGGUACCAUGAUCGCCGACGCUCUUGACAAGGUCGGCUCCGACGGUGUGCUCUCCAUCGAGUCCUCGUCCGGCUUCGAAACAACCGUCGAAGUUGAGGAGGGCAUGGAGAUCGACCGCGGCUACAUCUCGCCCCAGUUCGUGACAGACACCGAGAAGCAGAUCGUCGUCUUCGAGAACGCGCGCGUGCUCGUCACCGACCAGAAGAUCACCGCCAUUAAGGACAUCAUCCCCAUCCUAGAAAAGUCGUCCUCGCUCAAGGCGCCUCUGCUCAUCAUCGCAGAGGACGUCUCGGGCGAGGCCCUCGCCACCCUAGUCGUCAACAAGCUGCGCGGCGUGCUCAACGUGGCCGCGAUCAAGGCGCCCGGGUUUGGAGACCGGCGGAAGGCGCUGCUGCAGGACAUUGCCAUUUUGACCGGCUCUGAGUUCGUGGCCAGCGACCUAGGCCUUUCAGUCGACGCCGCGACCGUGGACAUGCUCGGGACCGCCCGCCGGGUAACCAUCGAGAAAUCGACGACGACAAUCAUUGCCGACGCCGCGUCAAAGGAGGAGAUCUCGGCGCGCAUUGCGCAGAUCAAGAAGGAGCUCGCGGAGACGGACAGCGUGUACGACACGGAGAAGCUGAGCGAGCGGAUAGCCAAGCUGUCGGGCGGCGUGGCCGUCAUCAAGGUCGGUGCCGCCACCGAGACGGAGCUGGAGGACCGCAAGCUGCGCAUUGAGGACGCCAAGAACGCCACGUUUGCGGCCGUCGAGGAGGGCAUUGUGCCCGGCGGGGGCGCCGCCAUGGUCCACCUCAGCACGUUUGUUCCGUUCCUGAAGGAGCAGAUCACUGACCACGAGGAGAAGAUUGGGGCCGAUAUCGUGCAGGCGGCGCUUUUGGCCCCUUGCGCACAAAUUGCCGAGAACGCCGGGACCGAGGGCGCUGUCGUCGUGGAGCGGGUGCGGGACAGCGACUGGGAGGUGGGCUACAACGCCAUGAGCGGCGAGUACGAGAACCUGUUCGAUGCUGGUGUCAUUGAUCCCGCCAAGGUCACCCGGUGCGCGCUCCAAAACGCCGCGUCCGUCGCGGGGAUGGUGCUCACGACGCAGGCUAUCAUUGUAGAGAAGAAGCAAGCGAAAGCAGCGAUGAACUUGCCCGGGCCGGCCAUGCCCAUGAUGUAAGCUUACGGACAUUUAGGACAGCAUAGACAUUUAAUAGCUUAAAGAUUUGACAAAAUGUGCGGAGUCAGCAUGUGUGCCACGGAGCUUCAGGGGAGCUACUCGUAAGUGUGGCCCAGACCGUUGACGCAAGAGCACUUCAAUUUUGCAACUUCGAUAAGGUGGAGACGCGUUAUAAACGGUGCAAAUCUCGGAACGUGCAGCAUCUCACGAAGACAGGCAGCCUGUGCCCAUGUGCAGGCCCGAAAUGAAGUUCGCAUCAACUUGAUGUUGAUUCAAAGCGAUCCUCCCUGCGGAAUGCACACCAUCAACG